UUAAAUCCAUACAACGGAUCAAAUGUCGGCGCAGUUUCUGCUUCUGGCAUCGUAUCGGCAUGUGUAACAUACGCACUCCAUAAAGUACCCAUUUUAGUCUGACCAAAGGAAAAUUUUAAAGGCACCGAAAUGAGAAAACGACCAUAUAUAAAACACCCUACCAACAUACUGCUCUUCCGCAUAUAUCGUUCGAAAAGACAACGACGACUCCUAUGAUAUUUGAUUAAUGGCUAUCGCAGGAGAAAUGGUGAAAUUAACGCCGGACCUAAUACAACAAUCGAUGCAAUAUAUUAAUCCUGUAAGGGAUCGGGAAUUGGAUUUGAGAGGAUACAAAAUACCUACGAUAGAAAAUUUAGGAGCAACUUUGGAUCAAUUUGACACAAUAGACUUUUCCGACAAUGAUAUUAGAAAACUUGAUGGAUUUCCAUAUUUGAAAAGAAUCAAAACACUCUUUUUCAAUAAUAAUCGCAUAGUCAGAAUCGCAGAAGGGUUGGAACAUUGUAUACCCAACAUGGAAACGUUAAUGUUGACUGGAAAUAUGAUCCAAGAGCUCGGCGAUUUGGAUCCAUUAAUACCCCUUAAACAUCUUACAAAUUUAUGUUUAUUGCAAAAUCCUGUUUCUGCGAAGCCGCAGUAUAGACAGUACGUUGUCUACAGAUUUCCACAAUUGAGACUAUUAGAUUUUAGAAAAAUCAAGCAAAAAGAACGAGAGGCCGCUAUCGAAUAUUUUAGAAGUAAAAGAGGCAAAGAAAUGGUACGUGAAAUAGCUAAAAAGGCAAAGGCGCAAGCGCCAGGAACGUCUUUGGAUAAACCUUUAACAAGCGCGGACGAACGUAACAAAAUUAAAGAGGCUAUAACAAAUGCUACGUCCUUGGAAGAGGUGCAGCGACUUAGCAAAUUGUUACAAGCAGGGCAUAUACCCGGGGACGAGAGACUUCAAAACGGAAACAAUACGUCCGAAGCCAUGGAAGAAGAGGAAGAUGACUAAAUUAAACAGGUUUACACACGUGUAUAUCUAUAUAUCUGUAUAUAUAUGUGCGUGUGCGUGUGCGUGUGCGUGUGCGUAUGUGUGUAGGUGGCGACAAAUCUGUAAGUAUUCAAUAGCUACCAAGGAUGGUUAGUACAAGGAUGGUGAUUCUUCGUUGAGCUAAUAAGAAGCUGCAUACUACACAAAUAAUUUUCGACAAAAUUGCUUACACCACAUAUAUAAAUAUUUUUUUUUUUUUGUAUGAAUUAAAUGGUACAAAUGUGUACUAUCAUGACCUUGAAGCGAUCAUGUAAAACAACAAAAGCGUCAUUUUAUUUUCACGAAAUAUUAACGAUAGCCUAUAUUUAUUUCAGCUAAUCCAAAAUAAAUCGUUUCAUGACGAACGCA